UCUGAAAAGCGACCUAAAUUUCUAUAAUUUCUUGGACCCCGUCAUUUCUAACAUUUACCAAUCGUAAUUUGGUCUUAUCACAGUCACUUCAUUACGUAAUACUUCAAUCGGUUACAAGAUGAUUAACGUUGACGGAAAACUCGUUGAUUUAUACAUUCCUCGUAAAUGCUCUGCCACUUCACGUUUGUUGCCUGCUAUGGACCACGGUUCUGUACAGAUCAACAUUGGUUUGACUGAUGAGAAUGGCUCUUACACUAACCAGAACGUUGCUUUUGCUCUUAGCCACACCUUGAGGGUUCGUGGUGACGCUGAUGAGGCUAUGAACCGUUUGUUCAAGGAACACGGUCUCUUGAACUAAGUGGCGGUUUAGCAUA